AGAGAGAGAGAGGGGAAGAUAGGGAGGGACGACGCCAAGGCUGGCUGUGUGUAUUCUCACUCAUAGCCACGGGAAGAACCGGAAUCCGGAGCAGGGGGGUGGCGGAAGCUUGUAAAGGGAAAGGUUGCAGGCGGCUUAGUCGGGGAUGGAGCCUCCGCUACUUGACAGGCUUUGAACGCAAAGGCUCAGCACCACUGGCUGGACCAGCGGCUGCUUUUGGACUUGAUCGGGACAAGACACGGCAACAGGUGACACUUGCCCAUCACUUGGUGUCAGCAUCGAGGGGUUAUUAUGGGCUGCUCUGCCAGUGUGGUCCUACUUCUACGCUCAGUGGGUGGGGCAGACUGCGGUUACAUGUGUACUCGGCUGGACCAAGCGUCAAUGGAUGCUGCUGCAACACCCACCCUGGAAGGCUACACAACUGCCAGCUCACCUCUGACCAUCAUUGUCAUGCAAGAGAAGCCCAAGCUGAUUGAUCCGCUCGACUACGAGGCCGUCAUCUCGGAAGUGGGAGCGGAGCUCAAGCAAGACCCUCUUAGAGAGCUACUGCUGUUUCCUGACAAUGAUUUCACAGUAUCCACAGUGCCCCAAGAGAGACGCACUCUCAGGUCAGCUGUUCCUGAAGGCGCAGAGCUUCAGGCUGAAUGUCUGCUGGUCAGACAGGCCUGCAAGUAUUACAACUCGGAUCUGAAUGUGGUCCAGUUCAAGUAUGAUGACUACGCUGGAGACUACCGCCUGCUGCCAAGGAAAUUAUACAAAGCUGAGAAGCUGCCAUCCCAUUCUUUUGAGAUUGACUAUGAAGACGUGGACAAAGAUGAGGACACCACUUCCCUGUCCUCGUCCAAAGGAGGAGGUGGAGGAGGAGGGGGAGGGAUCGGUGUGUUUCGCUCGGGUUGGCUCUACAAGGGCAACUUUAACAGCACCGUCAACAAUAGCAUCACUGUCCGGUCCUUCAAGCGAAGAUAUUUUCAACUGACCCAGCUGACAGACAACUCCUACAUCAUGAACUUCUACAAAGACGAGAAGAUCUCCAAGGAACCCAAAGGCUGCAUAUUCCUCGAUUCGUGUACCGGUGUUGUGCAGAAUAAUCGUUUGAGGAAGCACGCCUUUGAGCUGAAGAUGAACGAGGUCACAUACUUCGUGCUGGCCGCGGAGAGUGAGCAGGACAUGGAAGAGUGGAUCAGCACCUUGACUCGCAUCUUGCAGAUCACGCCGCACGACGGGCCGGCUCCGGACCGUAAAAGUCUGGACCUGUCCGACCAUCGCCAGGAUGUGUUUGACAUGUCGCUGAGCGAUGGUUGUUUGCCUGAGAACGAAGAUACGACGGAAAAUGGCAUCAAUCCCGAGCUAGCUAAGUACGUCUCAGAGACAGAUGAGGGAAUUCGUUGCGCCCGGAGGGAGGAGAGGUUGAAUCUCUUCUCGCUUGACCCUGACACUCCUGUCCUGAGGAGCCCGCGGGCGGAGCAUUCAUCGAGCGACAACUCCACCGUGCGUCCUUUUGAGGAGAAACUAGGCAGAAGGUUCAUGGUGACGUGUCGAUCGCUGAACUUCAUGCUGCAGGGCUGCAUCAAUGAGAAUGAAACUGGCCCUGUCACCAACAUCGAGCCGUUCUUCGUGUCGUUAACACUGUUGGACAUCCGAGACGGCAGGAAGGUUUCUGCUGACUUCCACGUGGACCUCAACCACGAGGCAGUGCGUCAGAUGUUCGGAGGAAGUGCUUCUGGAGCUCAGGAGAACGGCGUGUGCGCUCCCGGGGAGAAGAAGGCGGGAGAAUGUCAUCUAAGCUUGGACCUGGAAAACUGGCUGUGCUUUCCCAAACAGGCAAUAUUCUCGGUGACCAACCCUCACACGGAUAUCGUGAUGGUGGCCAGAGUAGAGAAGGUGCUGAUGGGAAAUAUUGCUUGCGGGACUGAGCCGUACAUCAAAAACACAGACUCCAGCAAGAUUGUCCAGAAGAUUUUAAAAUCCAACAAGCAGUUCUGUGGGAAAUUAGGAAAGUACCGAAUGCCAUUUGCUUGGUCCGUCAGGUCACUUUUCAAGGACAACCAGGGGGCACUCGACAGAGAAUCUCGUUUCUCACCGCUCUUCAAACAGGAGAGUAACAAAAUUUCCACAGAAGACCUGAUAAAGCUAGUGUCAGAAUACAGAAGGGCCGAGAAGACCAGCAAGCUGCAGACCAUUCCCGGGACUCUGGACAUCACAGUGGACUAUGUUCCUUUGGAGCUUCCAAACUGCGUGACGUCCUCCUACAUCCCCGUCAAGCCCUUUGAGGAUCUCAGCAAACAGCAACCCACGGUCGAGGUGGAGGAGUUCAUCCAGGACACCACCAAGUUUGCUCAGCCGUACCGUGUCUACAAGAACCACAUCUACGUUUACCCCAAGCAUCUCAAAUAUGACAGCCAGAAGAGCUUCGCCAAGGCUCGUAAUCUUGCCGUCUAUGUGGAGUUCCGCAGUUCGGACGAGGAACCGGCCAAACCUUUAAAGUGCAUUUACGGCAAGCCGGGGGGUCCGGUGUUCACCACAUCAGCCUGUUCCACUGUACUGCAUCACUCUCAAAAUCCUGACUUUUACGAUGAGGUGAAGAUUGAACUCCCCACCCAACUCCACGAAAAGCACCAUUUGCUUUUCUCAUUUUACCAUGUCACAUGUGACAUCAACGCUAAGACCAACGCUAAGAGGAAAGAAGCCCUGGAGACCCCCGUGGGCUACUCUUGGCUGCCUCUCCUCAAAGAAGGUCGUCUGUCAUCUCAGGAGUUCAACAUCUCGGUCUCCAGUAACCUGCCUCCUGGUUACUUAGCCAUCAAAGAGGCCAACAACACCAAGAAUGGAGCUGAUGUAAAAUGGGUUGAUGGGGCAAAGGCCAUCUUCAAAGUCUCAACUAAUGUCGUGUCAACUGUGUACACUCAGGACCCCCACCUGAACCGCUUCUUCCAGCAGUGCCAGAAAAGAGAGCUGGACCUCUCGCUACCUCCUACCUCCAACUUCCUCAACUGCCUGAAGGGUCUCCUCAGCAUGGAGAGAAUCCCAGUGAUCAUCAGAUUUCUGCCAGUGCUUUUCAACCAGCUCUUCAAGGUCCUGACCCAGAAUGACAAUGAUGAGGUCACUACUGCCACCGCCAGAGUGCUGGUUCACAUUGUUUCCAAGUGCCACGAGGAAAACCUUGAUCACUAUCUCCACUCGUAUAUUAAGUACGUGUUCAAAUCAGAAGCCCACGGCUUCAGGACAGUGCAUGAGGAGUUGGCGAAAGGCAUGACCUUUGACCUGCAGAGCAACGAGCAAGCAGCGGUUAAGAAUGUCUUGAAGUUCUCUUGGUUCUUCUUUGAACUCAUCGUCAAGUCCAUGGCCCAACAUUUGGUUGAUGGAGAUAAAGUAAAGCUGCCCAGGCCGCAGCGUUUCCCGUCAUCCUAUCAGAGCCGUGUGGAGACUCUGGUGGAAAAGGUGUCAGAACAUAUCUUCUGGAAGUACAAAGACCUGGCGGAGGAGUCGCGCAGCGCCAACUCGGCGGUGGCGGCUUUCGUUAAGCGUUGCUUCACUCUGAUGGACCGAGGUUUCACCUUCAAAUUAAUCAGCAACUACAUCAACAUGAUCACUGCAACUGACAGCAAGGUGUUGUGCGAGUUGAAAUUUGAGUUUCUGAGAGAAGUGUGCAACCACGAGCACUACAUCCCCCUCAGCCUGCCCCUGCCCUCCGCUCGCAUCACAGACCAUGCAUCCCCAGAGCCACAAAGUACUCAUGCCUCGGUGCCAGAGUACAACUUGACCGGAGAGUUCUGCAGGAAGCACUUUCUCACGGGCCUGUUAUUACGAGAACUGGGACUGGCCUUGCAGGACGAGCAGGACCUCAGGCACCUGGCUUUGGCCACUCUCAAGACCCUCAUGGCCAAACACUCUCUGGAUGCCCGCUAUGCCACCAAGGAGAAGCAGGCAAGAAUCGCAUCACUUUACCUGCCUCUGUAUGGUCUGAUUCUGGACAACAUGCCUCGCUUCUUCCUCAGGGACCUUUUCCCCAUUUAUUUGACCUCCAGCGAUCAGGGCUCUCGAGACGACCUGAGCGUCGGCGGAGGCGUGGCCGGUGGCACGCUCCCCGUUACUUGCCACGGCAACUCGGUGGAUGUUUCCUUCUCGAAAGAGGUGCUCAACUCCAUUACAGCUUUGUCGGCACUGACAGUUGCUCCGGGCAACCAGGCCGACUCUCGGGGCUCCCUGAUCAGUGUAGACUCCAACCCAAGCAACAGUGACAGGAACAGUGAGAAGAUGGAUGCAUGUGAGAAGUUUGCUCGUCCCCAGUCGCUCAUCGGCUACGGCUCUCGCUGCGACAAACUGGACCAGGCCGAGACUCGCAGCCUUCUCAUGUGCUUCCUACACAUCAUGAAAACUAUCUCUGAAGAUGUGCUGGUUUCCUACUGGCACCGGGCCAUCCACCAGGAGAUCUCAGACUUCUUUAAAAUAUUAGAGCUCUGUCUGCAGCACUUCAGGUUCAUGGGCAAACGCCACAUCGCCAGGAAGCUAGCAGCGGCGCUAAAGCUGGCCCAGUCCACCCACGCCAAUGGCACCCUGAAGGUCCCUAACCAUCCCUCCCAGCCCUCAAGCCUCCUCCCACAAUGGAUGGCUUCAUCCGGAGGGGACGGUCACCGACAGGCACGUUCCCAAACCAUGCCCAUCAUCCGGGGCAAGAACGCCCUCACCAACCCCAAACUGCUGCAGAUGAUGGAGAGCGAUGGGACGAUCCAGGAUGGGGACAAUCUGAGUCCUACUGAUGUUGAGGCUAAUUUGUCUACUGAGGUGGCGCUCACUGUGCUUGAUGUUCUUGAGCUCUUUGUGCAUCAUCACAAGAAGCAGCUGCUAUUGGAUGAUGGACAAAAUGCACUGAUGAAGAAGGUGCUGGACACCUACUUGCUCUUCUUUCAAAUCAACCAAUCCACUGCCACCCUUCGCCACAUCUUUGCUGCGCUCAGGCUCUUUGUCCAAAAGUUCCCCAGCGCGUUCUUCCAAGGCAAGGCGGACCUCUGCGGCUGCCUUUGCUACGAGAUCCUCAAAUGCUGCAACCAUCGAUCCAGCUCCACCCAGACGGAGGCGGCGGCGCUGCUCUAUUUCGUCAUGAGAAAGAACUUUGAGUUUACGAAGGGAAAGUCGAUAGUGCGCUCUCAUCUUCAGGUGAUCAAGGCAGUGAGUCAGUUGAUCGCCGAUGCUGGCAUUGGAGGCUCGAGAUUUCAGCAGUCGCUGGCUAUUGUAAAUAACUUUGCAAAUGGAGAUGCUCCACUCAAGAAUUCCCCCUUCCCGGCCGAGGUCAAAGACCUGACCAAACGGGUCAGGACGGUGCUGAUGGCCACGGCGCAGAUGAAGGAGCACGAGAAGGACCCGGAGAUGUUGGUGGACCUUCAAUACAGCUUAGCCAACUCGUACGCCAGCACGCCCGAGCUGCGACGCACCUGGUUGGAGAGCAUGGCCAAGGUCCACGUCCGCAACGGGGAUCUCUCCGAGGCCGCCAUGUGCUACAUCCACAUUUCUGCUCUGAUUGCCGAGUCGCUAAAGAGGAGGGGCUACUGGAGAGCAGACAAGGCCCGGAUAUCCAGCGUGUCCCCCGAAGAAAGUCCCGUCUUUAAAUGUAGAUCCUUACUAACCACCUCCCGAGACCAAGACCCAUCGUUUUCUCUGGGCUGGGCGGCCUUCAUGUGCAUCAGCCCUAACGUCAAAGAGGAAGGAGCCAUGAAGGAAGACACGGGUACACAAGACACUCCAUAUACCGAGGACACCUUGGUGGAGCAGCUGGAGUUGUGCGUGGACUAUCUGUGGAAGUCGGAGAGACACGAACUCAUCGCCGACAUCAACAAACCAGUUAUUGUUGUUUUUGAGAAGAGGAGAGACUUCAAGAGACUGUCAGAGCUUUACUACGACAUCCAUCGCUCUUACCUGAAGGUGACGGAGGUGGUGAACUCUGAGAAACGGCUAUUCGGACGCUACUAUCGUGUCGCUUUCUAUGGCCAGAUUGCGGGUUUCUUUGAGGAGGAGGAGAGCAAGGAGUUCAUCUACAAGGAACCGAAGCUGACGGGACUGUCCGAGAUCUCCCAGAGAUUGCUUAAACUCUACUCAGACAAAUUUGGUGCUGAUAACGUCAAAAUGAUCCAAGAUUCCAAUAAGGUCAACCCCAAAGACCUGGAUCCAAAGUUCGCGUACAUCCAGGUGACGUACGUGCUGCCUUACUUUGACGAGAAGGAACAGCAGGACAAAAGGACGGACUUUGAGAGGCAUCACAACAUCAACCGCUUUGUUUUUGAAACGCCUUUCACGCUCUCUGGGAAGAAGCACGGCGACGUGGAGGAGCAGUGCAAGAGGCGCACCAUUUUAACGACGAGUUCCAGUUUCCCGUACUUGAAAAAGCGCAUCCAGGUGGUGGAGCAGCAAAGCACGGAGAUGAACCCCAUCGAAGUGGCCAUCGACGAAAUGUCCCGCAAAGUCUCCGAGCUCAACCAGCUGUGCAACAUGGAAGAGGUGGACAUGAUCCGACUGCAGCUCAAACUGCAGGGGAGCGUCAGUGCCAAAGUCAACGCGGGGCCGAUGGCUUAUGCCAGGGCCUUUUUAGAGGAGAAGAAUGCCAAGAAGUAUCCAGAUAACCAGGUGAAACUACUGAAGGAGAUUUUCAGGCAGUUUGCCGAAGCGUGCGGCCAGGCGUUGGAUGUGAACGAGCGUCUGAUCAAGGAAGACCAACUCGAGUACCAGGAGGAGAUGAGAGCUCACUACAGGGACAUGCUGAGCGAACUGUGCGCCAUCAUGAACGAACAGCUGCAAAAACGUGUUCUCGCCUCCAGCGCCAACUCUCUCUCUAACAGCUCUCUUUCCACUCUGUCUAAGACCGAUUCCUCACUCAAGGCAGCCAGGAACGGAGCGCCACAGCGGCUUCUGAACGGCUGAUCGGGAAUCCAUGCUCCCUUUUGGUUCUUUGUGAGGGCAGCAAUUGAUAGUAGAAGAAGAAAAGGAAGAAGAAGUGUGUAGAGACUGUGCUCGUGCUAGUCUGUUGUCCUGUCGUUGAACGUCGCAUUAGCUGAUGCAUCGGUAGGUUCUGUUUAUUUUUGGUUCUCCAGAGACGGCCCUGAAAAACUGGCAAGCAAAAAAAAAAAAAGUUACUUAAACACACGCACACACAUGCGCCUUCUCUCCACAGCCUUGCCCUUUAUUUUCAGUGACCUUACCGAGCCGUAGGUGCAUUCAGCUUCUCUUUGUGUUCUAUUUUUGAUGUUUUAAGAAGAAAAUUUGAAUUGCCCCCGGCCCCCAAAAAUAAGAAAAUAUUUGAAGCUAAUGCGAAGAAACCAAAUGUGUUAUUUUCUCAAGCGUGUCAAGAGCUGAAUGCCCGUCCGCUCGGUGUUUGAAUGUAGAGCAGCUCCACAGUGCUAAUUUGUAUCCUCGCUAACAUUUCCCCCCCAAAAAAUCAGCACGCCCAUUUUCAAGUCGAACCGGGAAAAAAAAA